CACACAGAGCAGCUGGUGUUGACAGAGGACAAGCCAGAUAAAAACCACUGGGACAUCAUCUGAGUGGUCCGACAGAGGGGUGUGAUUUGUCACUGACCACCUCCAUCCACUUCUCUUUGUCAAUUUUCUUUGCUCGGCACUCUGUAAAGAACAUGUCCUUCGUCUCCAUACCACCACCAGAAUGCCUCAAAAAACGCCUAGUUGUCCCACACCGUUACAUGUUUGGACCGGGACCUUCCAAUGUUCCUCCUCGUAUCUUGGAGGCCGGAGCUCAGCCCGUCAUCGGACACAUGCACCCGGAGAUAUUUGAGAUAAUGAAUGACAUCAAGAGUGGCCUCCGGUACUUGUUCCAGACCCAGAACAGGACAACGUUGGCUGUGAGUGGCACCGGCCACUCUGCCAUGGAGUGUGCCAUCUUCAACACGGUGGAGCCGGGGGACAGCGUGCUGGUGGCAGUCAAUGGGAUCUGGGGAGAACGAGCAGCAGACAUGGCAGAGAGGAUUGGUGCCACAGUGCAUACUGUUGUGGCGCCCCCUGGCGGCUGCGUGACCAACGCUGACAUUGAGAAGGCUUUAUCACGACACAGACCUGUGCUCUUCUUCCUUGCACACGGAGAAUCUUCCACGGGGGUCUUGCAUCCUUUAGACGGCAUCGGGGAGCUGUGCCACAAGUACAACUGCCUGUUUCUCGUUGACUCUGUGGCUUCAAUAGGAGGGGUCCCACUCCACAUGGACCAGCAAGGGAUUGACAUCCUGUAUACAGGCUCCCAGAAGGUUCUGAACGCCCCACCGGGUACAGCACCCAUUUCUUUCAGUGAGAGAGCAUGCCAAAAAGUAUUCAGUCGUACAACCAAACCCAUGUCAUUCUUCCUGGAUUUGAGUUGGCUUGCAAACUACUGGGGAUGUGAUGACAAGCCAUCAAGAGUAUACCACCACACAGGUCCAGUGACUGCUUUCUACUCUCUGAGGGAGAGUCUGGCUGUCCUUGCAGAAGAGGGUCUGGAGAACUCAUGGGAACGACAUCAAAAGGCGGCAGAAUAUUUCCAUGCCGGCCUGGAGAGCAUGGGUCUCAAGCUUUUUGUCAAAGAAAAACAUGCACGGCUGCCCACGGUCACCACAGUUGUUGCUCCACAUGGGUAUGACUGGAAAGAAAUCACCAGCUACAUCAUGAAAACACACAACUUGGAGAUUUCUGGAGGGCUGGGACCAUCAGUUGGUUUGGUGCUGCGUGUGGGACUGAUGGGGGUCAACAGCAGCAAGGCUAAUGUUGACAUGGUGCUGGCAGCGCUGAGAGACGCUCUGAAACACUGCCACAGGAGCAAAGUGUAACGUUGCUGCUCACACAGGUGUUUGUGUCAUUUCAACGACUCCGUGUAGCAAAUAAAUCACUGCGUUCAUGAA